GGAAGUGAUUGUGGAGGGGGAGAGAGAGAGAGAGAGAGAGAGAGAGAGAGAGCGCGAGGUGCAGUUCUGGUGACAAAAGGGAACCAAAAAAGAAGAGGAAAAGCUUCCAUAUGGGAAAUAACAUUCAGUCAAUCUGAAGUUCCGAAUCGUGGAAGAGGACGAACUAAUUGGUGGGGAAAAGCGGGGGAGACACACCAGUGAAAGAAGAACAAGAGGAAGAGAAGAAAAAAGGAAAGGGUUGGUUCUGGCUGGUUCAGGAGCCGAGGGGGGGAAAAGGAGAUCUGAUAAGGAAAAGUAAAAGGAGUUACCGGGAGAAGGGUUACAAAGACAAGAUUUGGAAGAACUGAAAUUCACCUUCAGGAUGUCAGUGUCUCGGAGGUGUUUGUGCUGUGUCAAAUAUCUGAUGUUCGUCUUUAACCUCAUCUUCUGGCUAGGAGGAUGCGGCUUGUUUGGCAUCGGAGUCUGGUUGUCCUUCACGCAGGCCGAGUUCUCCUCCCUCCCCCUGUCCUUCCCGUCGCUCUCAGCCGCCAAUCUGCUGCUGGUCGCCGGCGGCAUCACCAUGGUGACGGGCUUCCUGGGCUGUCUGGGAGCUCUCAAAGAGCAGCGCUGCCUGCUGUUCAUGUUCUUUGUGAUCCUGCUGCUCCUGGUCCUGACAGAAGUCACCCUCGUGUUGGUGAUACAGAUCUUCCACGACAAGCUGGAUUCCAAAGCACAAGGUGAAUUGAAGGAAGGGAUGAAGAUUUAUGAAUCCGAACCUGGACUGAAGCAAUCCUGGGACAAUGUCCAGAAAAUGUUCAAAUGCUGUGGAGUAACUAACAAAACGGACUGGUAUGAUGUGCUGAAUGGAACGCUGCCCUCCUCCUGCUGCUCUGUGGGGACAGAGCAGUGUGUGGACGGAUGGAGUGAGCCGUGCUAUCAGAAGGCCAGGCGGUGGCUGCUGGACAACAUCCCCUCAGUGCUGGUGUUUGGAGGCUGUAUUGGUGUUGUGCAGAUCUUGGCCCUGGUGUUCUCCAUGCUGAUGUACUGUCAGAUUCUGUGCGCGGAGAAGCACGUGGACUGACUGCAGACCAGCCGGUUCCCCUGGCUCCCAUGGCUGAGUGCUGAUCCCGGACUCCUCUGGGAUCCCAACACACCUCCACCCAGACUGGUGCUCCACAGGGGGGGGGGGGGGGGACCUUUUAAAUGCCCAAACACUACUGUAACACUACGGAACUCAUCAGCGGGCACGGUGGACAGUGCGCUAGUACCAGACCACAUUAGAUGUGAUCACAGUUUAACACGCUUUAUGUCCCAUCAGUAAGGUUCACUGUACCACUAGGAUCCAUCAGCCUCCAGACUACAACACCCUUAAUGCAUUGCUCCUGGAGAGUAACCUGAGGGAUACAGCUUUUUACGUAGCACUUAGUUCACUUUGUUAACCAUCAUAAAGCCUUGUACUUUUCUUCCUAUCCUGCGCGCUCAUUAUUAACCAUGCAGUGAAAUGUCCAGUGGCUGUACAGUGCUCUCCUUUUUCUCUAAUCAUCACAGCAGUUAUUUUCAAAAAUAUCCCUAUGGUAACGCUUAUUCUUUAAUUGUCCAAAUUUAGCACACGAGUUUUAACGCUGUCUCUUUUUAUACUGUAACAUUUUGUGUUAUAGCAAAAAGCAGUAAGAUCAUAUUCCACUAUGUAUUAUUGAGACUGAGGCGGCUUUUAGUGCAUGCUUGGAUUUCAGAGUCAAGUCCGAAGCUUAUUUUUUCUUAUUAAAUAAAACUGUUUAAAAAAAACAA